UACUUCGUCUGUGGACAUUCGGUGGUGGGCCGCUGGCCGAGUAUAUGUGAUAAUUAUCACUUGAUUUAUUACUUCAUAGUUAUUUACAUAGAAACUAUUGCAGCGUUCAGUCGUCAGUAUAAUCGUAGCUAGAUUUAUAAAUAGUGUAGUUCUUAUUAAAAUGGAAAAACAGGAAGUUAAAUUAUUUACCCGCGAGGAGUUGAAGAAGCGAAACACUCGCGAGGACUGUAUUCUCAUCAUCCACAACGAGGUUUACGACGUCACUGAGUUUUUAGAAGAGCACCCUGGAGGUCUGGAGGUGCUUCUGGAACUGGCAGGUCAAGACGCCACCGAACCCUUUGAAGACGUCAGCCACAGUUCUGACGCAAGGGCGUUGAUGAAAAAGUACAAGAUUGGCGGAUUAGUGGAGGCAGACCGCACCCAGGCUAAGGCGGCGUUCGCGCCUCAGUGGAACAACGACCAGCCGCAGGAGCAGGGCAAUUGGAGUUCAUGGGCUCUACCGCUAUUAUUGGGUAUCGCCGCAACCAUUCUCUACCGUUAUCUGUUCAUGCAGUGAGUUCCUUACCUCUAGGCUCUCUCAAUAUGCGCUGAAGUUCCGAUCUGACUCAAUGGUGCUUGCAUCACCCAACCAGAACCUUCAAAUAACAAUCCAAUGAACUUUUUGUUUUGUAGCAAUUUAGCUAUAAACUGAUUGGUUUUUUCAAGUAAUUCUGGAGUUUGGAAAGGAAAAACUAGCCUUAAUAUAUAUAUGUUGCCACUGUUACGCAACAAUAAAUGAUAUCAAUUGCGAUGGCAUAUGUUUGUUGUAGGCACUUUUGCUUAUACUGUUAGGGUAAUAUUCGGUCAAAUUAGGCACCAAGUAUGAUGUCCAAAUGUCAAAAACGUGUUUGAUUUGACAUUAGUCAUACUUAUUACUCAGUCUGGACACUGCAUACUUACCCUCAGUUUUUAAGUGUUCUGCUUCAUGUGUGUGUAUGCCAUCACUGAAAUGCUUUUGAUCCAAAAAUAUUACCUCUAAUAAAACUAUUUCCGACAUCAGAAUCUCUCUUCAGUGGUGUUGCAGAAAAAUUAUCAUUCCCAUCUGUAGAUGUAUUGUACAAUGUAUUGUACAGUAGCAGUUUUUUAUAAGUUUAAUAAUUCUUUACAUGUAAAAUGUGUAGGAACAAAUUUGCCAAUUGUGAGUUGGGAAGAAUUAUUAAGAUUAUUUUUAAUUAGUAUUUAAUUUUUUGGGGCAUUUACAAAAUAAGCUGUAAGUAAUCAGCAUUUAUAUAUAUAGGUGUAUUACAUUUUCUUUAACACACUUGAAAGAAUUAAAUAAUUGUAAAAGCCAUUUCAUUCCUUAUUAUUUAACAAUGUGUUAUAAAAUUAUAUGUCUAUGUCAUGACUAAUAAUGUCUAAUCUAAGAUGUAAAAUAACAUUAUUUCUUAUUGAACAAAAGUUUAACUUUGUUGUCCUGGUGCACACAAUUUUAAUAAUUAUUAGCAUAUGCUAAAUACUGCCAACAGCUGCAAAUAUUUCAAAAAGUAAACUAUACUACUAAUAUUAAUUAAAUAGGCUUGUGCCUUAUACCAUACUCUUUUUUAUAAUCAUAAAUUUGGGAAUGCAGGAAUGAGGUACAUUCCUGCAUGGGUCAAAUUUCGAUAAUCAUAAAUUUCUGUAUAACAUCAAUAUUGAAAUUGGUGGUUGAAAUUUCACUUUAAUUUUUUAAAAUAGCUCAUAAAUAGUCAUUUCAAAACAGGUUUUAAAUAUUUACAAAGAGCCAAUUUUUUAUUCUUUUAUAAUUUUUUGGCCUACUUUAAGUGUAUUUGUAAUGUGCUAGAGGUGUGUAUUUAUAAUGGUUAAAUGUAUUUGGGUUUGUGUGGAUUUUGAUAAAUAAACAUCUUGUUUAAUAAA